AUGGAUCUCGAGGCGGAUGUGAAAGACAUUGAGAGCCUUCAAUGGCUGGCUAAAAAUUGUGCGAAACUUUUGGAAGCUCUUUUACGUGAAGAAAAUGCACAAGCUGAGGACAUCAUCGCUAAAGACGGUCACUGGGUGUCUCGACAGUAUGCCGAGUUCAAUCUGUGGUGCGUCAAGGUUGGCGUAAAUGGCCAGGGACUGGGAUCUAUUGACGUUCGCCUCAAAGAUGUGCCCGAGACCUGUGCUGUCAUCAGGGACUUGCUCAAAUCGCUUCAGAACGAUCUGCAAAAAAUUCAGCAACCCGCCGACAGCAUUCAACGUUUGAAGAAGGCCGAUGUUGAAGCCGACAACUCAGAUUCCGGAUCUGAUAGCUCGUCUCUUUCAUUCGACUCCCUUUCUUCCCUCGGUGGUACUGAAUCAAGACAAGGCCGUGAAGACAUAACACUAGAGGGCAAGCAGACUCUCAUAUUAAGAAAGCACGUCGAAGACACAGUAGACCGUCUGCAUGGCCACGCUUUACAAAUCGACAAGGCGGGAGAUAAACACCGUCAGGGACGAGUCAAGGUCUAUGUUGAGAAAGACGGCCCAAGAUUUGCUUACCAGGGCUACAGGGAAAUCGCGAUGGCCGAAUCAUUUGCAAGACGAAGGAUACGCUUUGACUACUUGAGAGAGCACCAGAAGAAACGCGCCGUCCAACUGCCAAAGGCACAAACGAGACCGCCCGUUUCUCGGCCGCCGAAAAAUGUGCUCGUGGGUAACUUCCCAAGGGUGCCUACGGCCAAGGAGGAGGAAGCUCCCAGACGUCAAAGCCGUCGUAUAGAGCAGCAACCAAAAGAUCAGCAAACUAUCUACUCAGCCACAGAAAGAACGAAGCUAGAGAGUCCCGUACAAAGACAACAGGAGAGAGCUGAGAGUGUGGUGUCUAUUGCGUUGCGCCACCCUGGUUUUCCACCGCCUCCAAAGAUCACUGGCCACAGCUUCCAGUGCCCAUAUUGCCGUUUGGACUUCCGGGCAGUUGAGGGGGGGAAGACCCGUUGGAGCCAGCAUGUCAUGCAGGACUUUGAACCUUACUUUUGUCCCAUCAGUCUUUGCGAAAAGCCGUUUGAUCUGCCGAAUAAUUUUGACGGCUUAUUGCAUCACUUACAAGAUCACGUUGAGGAGCGGUACCAUAUAGACCUUCCUGAAGGAAAGCAUCAAGAACUUGGCGAAGAGGAUUUCGAGAAGUACAUCAGACAGCGAGGUUAUAUCUCCGACGAGAACCUAGUCGUUCUGAAGAAGGCCGCACGACGCAAAGGGGCCUUUCUUUUUGAUGACUGCCCUUUUUGCGGUGGCUUCCCAGACGUGCUCGAGAAACGCUUUCCGGUACCCAGUGCUCCCGAGGCGCAAGUUGAACUGCGGAGGCACAUCAGACAGCACAUGCAAGACAUGGCUCUGUUUCUCCCGCCAUACCGCGAAGACGUUUUUGACGAUGACGGCGAUCUUCAAAGCUCCAUCUUUUCCCGCGAGCGAGGGGAAAAUAGCAGUCUCGAAAGCUUGGAUGACUUCCAGAUGUUUUGCGAUCGAGACGCCUGCGAUUGCAGAGACCAAGGCAAGUUCGCUGCCGACGUGACUGGAGAGCUGGAAAUUCCGGGGAUAGAAAGCGCAGUUGAACCUGAUGCGUCGGACUUCUGGACCGAACUAUUCCCGGAGUUGCCUCGCUUUGACAGGUCAGAUCUGACCAAGGAAGAUUGUGCCCACGAUGGCAUUCUUCACACAUUCCUCACAUCCAAGCUUCACUCUGCCCCGGAGCUUGUUUCAGGGGGCUUGGGUGCGAUAACGGAGCCGGCGCAGAGAACUCCUGAAAGCUUUUCUCAGAUAAGCCGGAGAGAAAGGCGAUCUACAAUACUGGGAUCAGUCGCAAUUGACGACUACAACAUGCGUCAGCGUGAAUACUGCCGUAAACGAUGUCCUGGAACUUAUCAAUGGCUUUUAGACACUGAUGCUUAUCGGAUAUGGCUUUCUGAACCUAGCCAGAUCUUUUCCUGCUAUGGAUUCCCUGGCUCUGGGAAAACUAUUCUGACUUCUGCAGUGGUAAGCCAUGUCGUUGAUUACUUUGCGAACGACAUUACGACCGGAAUUGCCUUUGUCUACUGCAACCAGGACAGAACGGAAUCCGGCGCAGGUGACGACGCUUAUUACUUACUGGCGAACAUACUUAAGCAACUGGCUGAAUACCUCCCUUCAACAAGCCCUGCACUGGAGUUUCUAUACAAUAUGCAGGAUUUUUCCAGCGUGCCUGAUUCUAUCUCGGAAAUCUGCCACACAAUCGAGCGUGUAGCGGAGAAAUACUCGAAAAUCUUCAUCAUAGUGGAUGCGAUCGAUGAAAUUCAGGAGGGUCCUAGAGGCCGAAGGGAGUUUUUGUCGGAGAUGGUGAAACUACAGAAAGCAUGUGGUUUGAACAUGUUUCUAACUUCGAGGCCAAUCGUGAACAUCACCCAGAGAUUCCUCUCCCUGACACCACUAUCGAUCGAGGAAAUUACGAGGGACUUCCUUUCUCUGACGUUGAAUCACACGAAUCUUCCUCAGGGGUUCAAAGGCAACAUCCAGAUGGACUUUUGCGCGGCUGACGAAGAUAUACGGAAACUCAUUCAGCACGAAAUGCCGCAAUUGCCAUACCCAAUCAGGCAAAAGCCCAAACUGCAAAAGAAACUGGCGGACUGGAUCAUUCGCGAGGCUGACGGAAUGUGA